UACCAGUUAGAAGCUAUCUCUUUCUGCGACAUAUCACAUCGUUGAGGAUUUUAAUUAGACAACUUACUCGGCUUCCUAGUCAUAAAAAGACAAUGGGGUGGUAUUGAUUACUGUCAAUCAACAUGGAGAUGGAUGGCUGCAUUAUUGACGAGGUGACGGUGGGUUGGAGUACGUGGGUCGACAGACGGGCGGCUACAGUACUGAUCAAACACUAGCCGGAACCUGCAGGCUUAACACGUGCCCAGAUCAGUUCCCAAGAAAUGGGUGUCUGGCGUCAGCUGUGACUCUCCCCUGCGCCACAGAAUCACACCAUCGCGGCUAUAUUGCUUGGCGUUCACUCAAUUAUUCACCGCAAAAGUCGACCAUUGCUCUUAUUGGAAGGAAACCCUUCAAGGUCUGAUAAAGAAUUGAUGUCAAUCUUGCCGUGGUGUAAUUAGAAGUGAUGGUAUGACACAAACCCGUAUCAUCGAAAUCAAAGAUGGCGGACUGUUGCCAUGGCAACAACCAAACGAGAACUACGAAUCUCAGUUUCAGUCACAUUUCAAUGACGUCAUACCAAAGAACUGUGACAAACUGCAUCGAACCGUUUUUCCAGAAAUUGACACCGUCGCCGCUGCUAAUGGUUCCCUCGUAUGCAAAUGGUCAGGGAGUGCAGUUAUUGAAGAGGAGGACGAGGAAUAUAAUGAUUUACCAGACAAAUGCUCUCCAAAAAACGAGGCGCUUGAAGUCGCGCAGACGACACCUAAAUGUAUGUGCAAUUAUGGGAAAUCUUCCUCCGGAGAGCAGCUCAAAUCGUGUUCGUUGUCAAACAGGAAGUGUUUCUGCAGUCCUAUUAAUGAAGGAGAGGAGGGUAUCAUGUGCGCGUGGGGAGGGGCAAAGAACAAGGCUCGACCACAGAACAGUGGUGCGUCGGUGUCAAAACGGAAACCGUACAUUUCUGUGUUUCAGCGUCUCUGCUCCGAACAUAAGUACACACCAUACCACUUCCGACACGUGAGUGACGCCAGCGACUAUAUGGCUCAGUACCGGAAGUGCCAUACUGUGGCGGAUGUCGGGAAGGAGUCCCGGCCGCCGCCCAAGUUUGGGGUUGACGUCCCAGAUCCCUACGCCAUCAGGAUUAAAAAUAUAUGCUCUAUUGUCAACUCAUGUGAUUUCACUGCACUGCUCCCCGGCGACACGGACGCAAGUUGCUCCGACCUCAGUAGCGUCAUGUCCGCGGAGUCCGGGGGUAAGGAGAAGGAGAGGGGCCAUGACAGGACGCCCCAGGGGGACAACCCAAAACGAAAGAAGGGGGACAAACCGUCUUUAACCAACACCCGCAGCGUUCCAAGCCUGACUCCAGUUCGACAGAAGAAGAGCAGCGACACCGCAGACCAUCAACACAGCCGAGCAGACGACACAACCGAAGACUAUAUGAAGGAAUACGAACGUUUGAGAAGGGAACGCGAAUUGCAAAAAUCCAACACACUGCCUCAGAUCCUGCUUCGACAAGACGCAGAAUUAACCGUCAAACCAGGAUCCAGACCCAGCUCUGAUUCCUCCUCGGCUACCCAGCGGUUACUCGACCAGUUACAGUCUCCCUUCAAACGAUUUCUCCAAUAUAAGCAUAUUAAGGGGGGACAGGUGGAGUUUCUCAGGGAAACAUACCAUCAAAAGUCCACCAGUGUUAAACUGUCAGAAUUCCUGUCAACAGCUCUCCUUGGAGACGGAUGUCUAAGAACAGGCUUCAGGACCGCCAAGGUUACGAAGCCGAAGGUCAAGGAGAGAAAGGGAGAUAAUAAAGAGACACCGGAAGUACAUUUGCCAGAGCUUGUUGGACGGACGUGUGACACAAAGAAGGAUUCGAAGCAAGGACAGGGGUCUAAUGAGUCUCAAAGAUGUGCUAAUGUUUUGUCGGUGUCCUUUGAUGAAGUGCCAAAGACCAAGUCCAUACGGAAAUCAACCGUUCCCAGUGCGGGGGAUCAGCUUCCAAUAGAAUAUAAGAUCAAGAAGAGACAGAUGCAGAAAGUAGUAGACCUGAUGUCCAUAGCGAGGUGGACCCACGAUUGAAGGAUAGAUGUCAUCAGUGAGUAUUUGUCUUCGGCUG